UAGGGUCGGAUGUUGUACCUUGUAUUGUUCUAACGUUUCCAAUUUCUUAUUCUUCGUCCCCUCGCCGCUGCUUAAACCCUGCUCUGCUGCUCCGCUCUUGAUACCCCAACCCCAUCAACACACACUAACGCCCAGUAAGAAACCUUAUAGAGAUACUUGCACAUAUGGCCAUAUAAAAUCAGCGCCUGAAAAGAUUCACUUGAAGGACAACUCUUUCGAUUUCGUUGAGGAUGUCGUUCCACUCCGUCGUAAUCCAGAAACUGCUGAGCACAAACGCCCAUAUUGGCCGCCGCGUGACAGCCCACCACUUCAAGAUCUUCUCCGACGGCACCCGGAACUCUCUCAGCGUUAUUGAUUCCGACAAGACCCUAAUUUGCCUCCGCAAUGCCUGCAAUUUCAUUGGCCACCUUGCCCGCAAUAAUGCGCGGUUCCUGUUCGUCAAUACCAAUGCCCAUUUCGAUGAAAUAGUAUCCCAGAUGACGCGAACCAUCGGAAUCAAGACCGACACGACGUGGCGUCUUGGAGGCUUUUUGACAAACAGUUCGAGCCCAAAGAAGUUUCGUGGAAGGAACAAAAAAUUCAAUCUUGGUGCUAUUCAGGCCCCGGAUUGUAUAGUGAUUUUCGACACGGAGAUGAAGAGCUCGGUGAUUAGGGAAGCGUACAAGCUGCAGAUUCCCAUUGUUGGGCUGGUGGAUUCGAGCAUGCCUUGGGAUACUUACAAGAGGAUUACGUAUCCUAUACCCGCUAAUGACUCACUGGAGUUUGUCUAUUUGUUUUGUAAUUUGAUCACCAAGACAAUCUUGAAAGAGCAGAAGGAGGCUAUGGUUGAGGUGGAUGAGACUUCGAAGUCAAGAGGAGAUGUUGGAGCAGUUGACCAGAUUGAUAAGACGGUCAAAAAGUUCGUCUUUCAUAUCUCAGAAGCUAAGCAGGUUUUGGACAAGCUUGUUGUGUUGAAGUUUAAUGGUAGUCUGGGAACUAAGAUUGGCUUUAAUGGCCCCAAAUGUACUAUGGAAAUCGGUGGUGGUUUGACAUGCCUUGACUUAAUAAUCAAUCAAAUCGAGACUGUCAAUGCUAAAUACGGAUGCAAUAUUCCUCUGCUUUUGGUGAAUGCAGCCAAUGCACAUGAGGGUGUGUUGAAGGUGUUGGAGAAGCAUUCCAACAAGAAUGUUCAUGCUGUUAUACAGAGCCAGCAUCACCUAGAAAGUGUGAGUGAGUUUGAACCUGCCUCAGCUAAAGGGGAAGAUAACCAGGAUGAAAUGGAUAGUUUCAACCUUGCUGAGGUCUUCCUCCCGCUGAUGAACAGUGGAAAAUUGGAUAUAUUGUUAUCCCAGGGCAAAGAGUAUAUCCUAAUGUUGAGUUCAGAUAAUCUUGCUCAUGUCAUUGAUCCAAAAAUUUUAAAUCAUUUGAUUCAGACAAAUAUUGAGUUCUGUGUGGAGGUGAUGCCUAAACAAUCUGAAUUAGAUGAGGCAAAACAUUCAUUGAAUGAAGACCAUAUUCCGGUUCUAAUGCUGAAGAAAAAUUGGAAAUUUAUUGAUACGGUGUGGAUGAGCAUCAACUCAAUAGAGAACCUUGUGGAAAGACGUGUUGCAAAAGAGAAUUUGACAAUUUCAAAGCUGUUUGAUCAAUAUUUUGCUUUAAGUGUUCCUAAGUCGAGAUAUCUUCCAGUUGAAGCAACGUCAGAGCUAUUUCUGCUACAGUCAGAUCUGUACACCUUUACAGAAGGCAACCUGACCCGAAAUCCAGCCAGAGAAAAUCCUGCUGACCCGUCCAUUGAAUUAGGACCACAAUUUGAAAACGUCAAUGAUUUCCAUAGGCGCUUCAAGUCCAUUCCUAGUGUUCUUGGGCUUGACAGUUUGAAGGUGACCGGUGAUGUUUGGUUUGGAAGUGGUAUUACUCUUAAGGGAAAAGUCAGUAUCCAUGCUAAACCAGGUGUGAGAAUAGCAAUUCCUGAUGGCACAGUGCUGGAAAAUAAGAUCAUCACUAGCCAAGCAGACCUUGGAGGAGGAUCCUUAUAGCUUCAUCAGCAUGAUUUUCGAACAAAAACCACAAGAAAUUUGUUGUAUUGAGUUUUUCUUCGAUCAUACGUAGCUUACGAGCAUUGCUUUUAAGCUAUCCCCGUUAUCAGGGAAAGGAAACUAUAUCCAUGACUAGAAUCAUGAAUUCGUCCAUUGUCGAUGUAUUCUUCCUUAAUGAGCAUAUCCUUGUUAAGAUUUAUGAUUGUCUUGAGAUAGGAAGAACUUUUAUCUUAUUUCAGUAAACUAGUUGCUGUAGCUUGAUUACAACCAUUAAAUAAUAGGCCAGAUCACUGGUGUUUUUUCUCUGCA